GGAGGGGAGGGGGUGAUGGUAUGGCACAGGAGGGAUACCGGCAGAGAGAAGAGGAGGAGGGAGGAGAGAUGAGGAGGGUGGUGGUGGUGGGGAUGGUGGUCCUGUAGUGUAGGAGCACACGGCAGCGUGUUCUGUUCUGUUCUGUCUCUUUUUCCCUCUGUCUGUGUGUAUGUCCGGGCGUGAGUCUCUCUUGGGUCGGGGCUUGAGUGCAGAAAGCUUGCGUAAUUACGUCACAGAGCUGUUUCCUCACCAUCUCCCUCGUCUUUUACACGCCCACACUCAAUUCCAAGUCCUGUAUCUGUGUCUCGUCUCUCCUGUACUCUAAUUAACUUUUCUUCUUCGAUUCGCUCUCGUCUUCCCUUCUGUUUGUGUCACGUUUGCUCGAUUGAUGAGAAGCAUGACUGGAAUUGCUUCUUGAUUGAGGAAGGAAGGAAGGAAGGAAGGCUGUGUGGGGGCUUGGCUAGAUGUGUGAUUGGAGUGGACUGGGGCUGGUGGUGCUGCUCUGACGAGAGGAGAAGAAGAAAUGGCUGCGGAGGCUCGUCACCUUUGCCUUCAUCAAUUAAACGGCCCUAUUUAUAUACAUUUGAGGUUCGAGCAACGUACUUGUUGCCUGCCGAGUCUAAUUUUUCGCUCCAGUUGAAGCACACCGCUCUGAAUCUCGUGCCAAAUUUCGUGAAGCAAUCAAUUGUUGCCGGGUCCUUCUUUGGGGGUGUUUGCUCGGGCACUGAAAUACACGCUCUCCAAAGCAUGCUUUCGUUUCUAAUUUAUUCCGCUCUCUACAUUUAAUCACCCGCACCGUACCUUUUGGCCGGCCUGGGAAGGCCUGUCUUCGGGCAUGCCUAUUGUUGCCUUAUUAUCUUCAUCCUGUCUCCUGGUUUCCGGAAGUUCUUCCGGAAUUGCAUCUCCAAAUUGGAGGGUUGUUUAGAAUGUAGCGGUGCUUUGGCAGAAAGACAAGCCAUAUUCACUGGUGGCGAAACUCAACCGUGAACUAGUCAUAUUUUCCCUCGCGACGGGCGCAUGAAUGAUUGCUCUCUCAUAUUUUGGAACGAGGAAGAAGAACGGAAGAUUGAGGAGGAGGAGGAGGGGCAGAAGAAGAAGAGGUUAGCAUAGUUGUGUAGAUUUUGCCUGAUCAUGUGAAGGCAAGGAAAUCGUUGUUGUUGGCACCACGAGCAGGCGAAAGGACGAGAUUGAGUGCCCAAGAUUGCAGGCUGACAGACACAGCCGAAUUUCCUGGGCUAGUCCACCCGGAACCAACGGAAGGGGGAUUGCACUAGAGAUGAGGAACGUGUUAGCGUAAGAAGACACUCCGGACAUUAUAUUCGACGAAGAGAGGGGGCAGCUAUAGGUUAAGUGUGCAGGAGGGUGCAGGCAGGCAGGCAUAGCUGUGCAGCACGGACGUUGGAUGCCACACCGGUGGACCGCCACAUGGGUCUGCUCCAGACCCUAGCAGGAGUUGGCGUCGGAGUUGCGGAGAUGGGCUGUUCUAUGGUGCUCUUGAUAAGACACCUUCGAAGUCCUGGUGAACGAUUUAAUGUUUGGCUGGAAGAGGCCUGAGGGAAAUUGGAACGAGGAAGUGGAAGAAGGUCCAGAAGCACCAGACGAGACGAUAGGGUGGUAUAUUUCAUCGUUGUUGUUGUUUUUGUGGAGGAGAAGAGCAGAAGAAGCAGAAGAAGCAGAAGAUGGCUGCUCUCAUGGAGUGAACCAUGAAAUUGUGUUCAAGAGAGAGUAAGAAUGAGAGCGAGUUGCCAAGGCAGGGGCCACAACCCGCACGGGCAGUUUUCAGGAAUGUUACAGGAAUGGCCGUGGGGACGCUAUUUUGAUGGUUUCUGGGAAGCUCAGAUCUGCCUAUUUUCUGCCCAUCGCACCACUCAAGCUUCAAGGCUGCAUUCUCCCUUUUGCCAGCUCGGUUUAGAACGACAGGGAACUCGUCACCAUCACCCAUUAGUGGCCUGCAACUCAACUCAGGGGCCCAGGUCUGUCAACGAGCCUGUCUACGGAAGCAGCUGGCAGGAGGUGCUGCUGUUGUGAGUGAGUUCGUCAUGCAAUUUCAAGGCAAAGGCGGGACAAAGGUGGACUUUUGAAAGUGGAGGGUCGACUUCACAGGUUAUUCAGUGCUCUUUCUUCCUCCCGAGGUUAUACAGACGCAAAAUCAGUGAGAUUGAACUGCUCAGGAGAGAUUGAUUUUCUUUUGUAAAAAGAGGGUUGAAUUGUGCUUGGGUACUUUACAGUGUUGAGAAGCUGCGGAGGUAGCAGUUAUGGCCGCUCAAAACUCGAGUCAGACGGAGAGGGCCACCAUUGAACAGAUUAUAGUAGAGUGCUAUGCAAAAGCUCUGCAUAUCAUCGUCGACUCCCGGAUUCCCUAUUUGUCCUCGCAAAAUUAUGCCGAUGAAUCCCAUCAUUCGGCAGCAUCCAUUUCACCGAGGUCCAGGACACCCAAUAAAUGGUUCAACUUAGAAAUGGACACUUGUCCGGCAGUAGCGGAAUGUGUGGAACCAUGGAGACGGGGAUCCUCGGAACCCAUGACGGUAGAUGUGUUGCUACAGCAACCCAUGGGAGGAGGAGGAGAUGUCCCUUCCCCUCGUGAAAGGAGGACACGGUAUUACAAGGGGAGCUCACCAGGUAGAGAAAACUCCAGUGGAGAUUCCUGGAGCGGAGAAGGAGAAGGUUGUGCUUCGCCUGGAGGGUUGUGCCGGACAAUUUUGGAGAGAUGGGUCGUGCAACAUGUCAAGAGGAAGCCUCUGAGUGCUGCAAGUGUGUCUGCUGGUGGCAAAGCUGGAUCAGGUGCUGGUGGUUUUGUAGAACCAUUUGGAGGAAGCGGAGGUGGAGGGGUAGGGGGUCCAAGGGGAACGGGAGGAGGAACACCUCUGCCAUAUCCUUCAAGUCAUGUGGUGGAAAGUCCCGUGGUGUACAAACGAACGGUUAUUAUGCUAAGGUCUCUUUACUCUCACAUGAGGACACUGCCUGCUCACCGCCUGUUUCGUCUGGUGAAUUCGUCCUCCCAUAGCCGAAGCUUCAGUCUCUCCUACAGAGUGUCUGCUUCUCCACCACAGCUCUCUGAAAGUGAUCAGGCAGCUAUGACGAUAUACAAUUUCACACCUAUCGAGACUCCGUGGGGAAAAAUGUGCAUAGCCGUCCACUAUAGGCAUACAACUGCCUUUACAGCACUGGAGAUCACACCUCCACUGAAGCCACGAAUUAUACCAGACUAUGUAGGUAGUCCAACAACUGAUCCUCUGAGGAGGUUCUCCAAUGUGGGGUCAGUGCCAAGUGGAGGAAUAUCGGGAAGAAGAGGGGUACAUGUUGUUUCUCUUCCGUCUUCGGUGCCAAGCUCCCCGUCUGGUCCCUCCUUUGGUCGUCGUCACAGCUGGAGUGGCGGACAUGGAAAGAUGCAGUUACCCCCAGCAGCGUCACCUUCAUUUCGAGCUAGUCGGUCGCCUUCACCCUCUGUGCCUGCCUCUGAUUUUAUCCCCUCCUCUCCAUUGGCGCAGUCCCCUCAUUCUGCCUCUCCUUCACAUAAUCUGCACCUGCAUAAUCAGUCCCCUCGGACUUCCCCUUCCCGUCCCUCGUUUCCUCGGCAGCUGCCAUCUCAGCCUUCGUCCUUUCAUCACGGCGGAAGUCCUUCCCAACCUAUACCAAACUAUGAACUUGGUAAAUCACCUCCAUAUUCUGCUUCGCCUUCCCCUUCUCCCCCUACUCAUUACAGUGCACAGCGUAGUGCUCCCGUGAGUAUACCCAGGCCCUCCUCAGCCAGGCCAUAUGUGGGUACCAGUCCACGCCGUCUAGAGGGCCCGCCCCACCCGUUAUCCAAGAGUCCAUAUCCACCACCGUCUCCCAGCAGAAAUGUAGAGACGUUGCCUCGGGCCUUGUCUUGCAACUCCAAACAGUGGCCAGUGCCGGUGCCAAACUUGUUCGUGCCAACUUUAGAAGGGCGAGUUGCUCCACGCCACCUGUCUAUUUCAGAUUGGGCUGUCAACUCAUCAGUGCUGGUGUCCCCUACACACCCAUUCCAUGCUCAUCAGGUUCAGGGAGAUGAUAAAGGAGAUGAGUGUUCAUCCUCUGGUGUGAAGAGGUCCAUGUAUGCGCCGCCCCGUCUUCUGACUUUGGGUUCAAGGGGAUUAGCGAAAGUAGACAGUAUUGACGAUGGAGACGACGAGGAGUUUUCUUGUCCUUUUGCAGUCGAUGAUGACGAAGCAGAUGAUUACAGAAGCAGGAUGGACAGCCCGAAAGUCCGGCAAAGUUCAGAUUUAUUUGAGGCAGUUGGACAAGGCCAUCAACGGUCUCAAGAUGCUGCAGUGGGCGCUCUUAUAAGAAUUCUGAAAGGAGCCCCGCCCUUGAGGCCUUGGAACUUGCCUUCUCCUGUUGUCUCGGGUUCACCCAACAUGCGACCAUCUCCACCUGGCCUGCUUGGUCCUUCAGAAAUGUUAGGAGGGGGAAAACUCAGGAGUAGCCCUCCUCGUCCUCCGAUGAUGAGGUCCCGUUCUGGUUCUACAUCACAUGUGGGAUCACCUGUUUCAAUGAAGGUACAACCAAAAACAUCAGGAUUAGCUUUGGAAGAGCUGAGGAUUUACAUCGAGAUGAGAGAUCAUCUUUCCAGACAGAGUGGUGUCUAGUUGGCAUCUUCGCGAGCCAAGCACAUGUGGAGGUGUAGACGAGUGUUUUUCUCAAGGAGACGUAUUGGAACAGAGAACAAGAGAAGAAAGGAGAAAAUGGCAACCCCCUCAUUAGGAUUUUUAAAAGAGUUAAGUAUUUCGAUAACAUAAAUGACCAGAGUCCGCGCAGGGUCUACAUAAAGACUCAAAGGGAAAUAUAAGAAGGGUUCAUAGGAGUGAGGUAAUUGCAUAUGAUAGUUUACAAUGUUGUGUUGGUUCAUAUGUAAACUGGAUACAGAUUAGCAUUGUAGGAGCUCUGUCCUGUUCAUUCGGAAGCUCUGCCAGUUAGGUCUACAGCUCACUGAAGUAGAACGAUUGACGGGGAUGCUAGUAGUAGGUUUGAAACUAACGUAGACACUGAACUGAAUCAGCAUUGGGUAAACCCUUCCUCUUCGUUCGGAAAAUGUUGAGGUAACGAGGUUAGCUUAUAGCUGCUGGUUUUUCUAGACCUAACAACAUUCAUUUGGAAGGAGUGAAGAGUCUCCUGGAUUCGUUUAGUUGUGUUCCACAGUACUUGUUUGGAAAUUAAAAACAGUUGUCUGUGGAAGUUUGCUCUCUGCUCUUGCAAGUAUUAUCCACCUGGUAGAAUAUCUGGUUAGAUCGUUAUCGGGAAGAUGCUCUGAGGUGAGAUAUUCGUUCUGCCAGCUAGUUCUUCUGGGUGGUACAUUACUGCUGCUUGCAUGUCGUGCGUGUGGCACACUUCAUGUACAGUUCAUAUGCCAACUGGUUGUAAAAUCUUUGGCGGAUUGGUGUACCCAUAUAGGUCUCAAAGUAGUACAGAGCUGGAAGAACUGGAAGAAGUCUGAUCCAUGCGUAGAUGAGAGCUGAAAAGCGUGGCCAAGGUCCGGGCUUACUCGAAGAGUGAAGCUCUCACACUGGCGAAUUCUUCGUAACGACAACCUACAGGACUUCAGAGAAGUGCACGUUAGCUUAUCCUCUUGGUCUUCAUGUCAUGAAGUGACACACCUGCUCUUGAAUGUGAUCUUAAUCCUACUAAACUGGGUUGAGCUAGAGUGGUCAUGAAUGUACAGGAAGGUUAUUCUUUCUAGGGCCAUCACGUCUGAAUGCUGUCGGCUUUGAUUUCCUUGGUUUAGUUGUCGUCAGGCACAAAACCUUUAGAACAAGCCUCGUAACAGUCGAUUCCAGAAGGGUGAUGGAUUGAGUUAGAGAUUUUUUAAGACUCAAUAUUUUACUGCCAAGGUAGGCUACUGAAUUACAUCUGAAGACUGAAGAAAUGUACAUAGAUGGAUGUGCCCCAUCCAUUCCUGUUAAAAAGGUAUAAAAAAGAGGGUGUGUAUAUAUUGGGUCCCAACGACACGCAGCAUUGUACUCUGAGAGAUUUCCGUAUCUAGUUUUC